UACUUGAGUAGGAGCGCUCCGUGUUGAAACCGCUCCGUGACCAGCUUCCACUUCCUCUUCCUCUUCGCCGCUGGAGCAGCGCUGAUGCCCGGUCAUGUGACGGACGGCUCGUCGGGAGUGAGCCGAGCGCCGCUGCAGGAGGCGUGUCUCUUCACUGUCUGUCCGUACCUGGAGCAGAAGGGAACCAUGUCUGUGGUGAAGCUGGAGGAGUGGCGACAGCGGAUUCGUAAAGAACUGGACAACGCAGUGGCCUUCUGGCUCAAAUACUCUCAUGAUACGACACAUGGAGGCUUCUUCACUUGUAUCGGGAGGGAUGGGAAGGUUUAUGAUGAGCUGAAGUAUGUCUGGCUGCAGGGUAGACAGGUGUGGAUGUAUUGCCGCCUGUACCGAACCAUGGAACGCUUCCGCAAGCCUGAAAUUCUGGAAGCAGCAAAAGCCGGGGGAGCUUUCCUGAGGAAGUUUGCUCGUGUCUCCAGCAGCAGCAGUGGCCAGUGGAAGUGUGCCUUCUGCUUAACAAGAGAUGGUAAAGCACUCAAGAUUCAGAGGACCAUAUUCAGUGAGUGUUUCUACAUCAUGGCCAUGGAUGAACUGAGCAGGGUCACUGGUGACAAGGACAUGCAGCUGGAGGCUGAGCAGAUGAUGGAGCAGUUGAUCUACUGGGUUCGGGUGGACUCGUCGGGCCUGGGCCGGCCCCAGCUUCCCGGAGACGUUCCCACCAACAGCAUGGCGGUCCCCAUGAUGCUGCUGUGUCUGGUGGAACAGCUAACGGAAGGCCGGGGUCGGGAGGUUGCUCAGAAGUACAGAGAGCUGGCCAGCUGGUGUGUUCAGCAGAUUCUACAACACAUCCAGAGAGACGGCACCGCUAUUCUAGAGAGUGUGUCACUGGAGGGAGCAGAGCUGCCAGGUUGCCAGGGCCGACUGCAGAACCCAGGCCAUGCUCUGGAAGCGGGCUGGUUCCUGCUUCAGGCCAGUGCAGAGCAGGAGGACGAGGAGCUCCGGAGGACCGCCAUCAACAAGUUUGUGGAGCUGCCUUAUCAGGACGGCUGGGACAAAGAGCACGGCGGCUUCUUCUACUUCCUGGAUGUGGAUGGUCACUGCCCCACACAGUUGGAGUGGAAUAUGAAGCUGUGGUGGCCCCACUGUGAGGCUCUCAUCGCCUUCCUGAUGGCCUACAGUCAGACCAAGAAGCCCGAUCUGCUGGAGAGAUUCUCUGAAGUUUACGAAUACACCUUGAACCAUGUGAGUUGUUGGCGCUGUAGCGUUUUAUUAGUUAUGUCAAAACAUUUUGAUGAGCAUUUUUCUCUUACUUUUCAGUCUCAUGCACAUGUGCUACUUUAAGUGCAGACUUGGAGUCAGGACGCGGUUAGCUUAGCAUGAAGACUGGAAACUGUUUAUGGUUUUAGAGAAAGCUACACUCUGUUUUCUUGAUGAACAUGCAGGCGCUGUGUGCAGCAUCAAUGAGUUUCUUCUCCACACUGGCAACUAAAUAACCCCCCUACUAUGAGCUUUCCUAAAUCUAACUUUUUAAACACCCAAGUGGUGAUGGUUCUCAGAUCUGCUGUGCAUUUGGAGUGUUUUUCAUAAUAUAUAUACGUCAUUGAAAUGGUGAAGCCACUGUACGUAUACACCACUAAAACUGAAACAAACUUCCUUUCACUUCUCAUCUAAAAACGUAUGUCCUGCAUUAUUAAUGUGUGAGUGUUGCAAAGCAGCUGUUUGUUUUCUUCCCUACUGAGAGCAGUUUUGGGCAAGUUACUCAGGAAGUGUAAUAAGUUUUUACUUAUUUCUUUUAAAACCAAUAACCCAUACCCAGGUAUACAUAUACCCAGGUAUACACAUACCCAGGUAUACGUAUACAUAUAC